GUCCCUCCCGCUAUAAUAACUGGCUGCUCAUUCACCACAAACAAGAGCCUCGCCCCUUGCACAAUCCGCCCAGCAGUGCCGCGCACCAGCAAAAUCAUAGGCGAACAUGCGCUGUGCGAGCUAUUCUGUGCGACAGAGUCCAUGACGCCCUUGAGAGCACAUGCGACAGCUAUAAAACGAUUCUUCUAGCCACUUGGACCGCUUCACCUUUCUUCUCUCUCCCAACAAGCCUCACGAAACACACACACAACCUCUCGCCAUGGCACGUCCACCAUCCAUGUUUCACGCUUUUCUGCGCCCUUCAAUCCUACAAAUCCUUCGUGCGACGGGCUACCACAGCACGCGCCCUGCAGUGCUCGACACCCUGACGGACAUUGCAGCGCGAUACCUGACGCUUCUAUGCGAAAAGACGGCGAACAAUGCGACCAACAACCACGGCGAUGCGGGCGACUACGAUAUAGUGGACGUCAGGAUGGCGCUGCAGGAGGUUGGAGCUCUGCUGCCGGAGAGAGCUGAGACGGAGCAACUAUGGAAGGGAGAGGAGGAUAUGAGAGGAGUGGAGGAGUUUAUCGAAUGGUUUGCCGGGACGCGCAUGAAGGAGAUGAUGGAGAUGGGCAGUGGAGAUACUGAGUCUGACGCUACAGACUAUCUGGCAGCCCUCAAAAAGAAGCACAGCAAGACAGGCGACGACGCAAAAUGGCAAGGCACCAUCUUUGGCAAAUUCAACGACGGCAACGAGAUCCUCGUCGAAGGCGGCGCCAUAACCAGCAUCAGCGAAUGGAUAUCCAAGAGAGCGCCGGAGUCAGACGCGCCCCACGAAACGACGGAGCAGAACGGAGACAACAAGCCCGAGGCCGCAGAGAUGAGAAGGUCCCCUAGUUCGGGCCUCAGCUCCGUGGGGGACAGGCUGGAUGGUGAUGGUAUCGAAGGCAUGGAUCUUAGCUAGAAGGCAAGACAUGGGAUUUUCGAGGCUGAUGCGCCGCCGGCUCACUCUACGAGGUCGAGGAAGCAGAGGAACGGGGGGCAUCGUAGUGAUAGGAGGACUUGAAUGGGUGCUUUUGUCGUCUUGGUGGACGCUGGGCUUUGUUUUAUCAUUUCCUUUUUCUUAAUAACUGCAUAGCGUUGGAGUUUUGGAAGGUUAAGAGAGACCUUUUUAUGGAAAUAAUAAAGGGAGCAGUUAUCCAGCCACCCAAGUUUAUUAUCCAGUAUCCCAUGUUUUACAUGAGAGCUGUACGGACUAAAGAAUAAUUUCAGCUACUAGAGAAAAACUGCAAUAGCAGCAGAUACCAGAAGGAUAUAUUUAUAAUAGUAGACACUAAAAGAAAGUAACGAUAGAAGCAGAAAGUAGUGAUAGUAGCAGAAAGUAGUGAUAGUAGCAGAAAGUAGUGAUAGUAGCAGAAAGUUGGC